CCACCUGUCAGUGUCCAUCAGUGCCAUGUGUCAGUGCUCAUCAGUGCCUCGUGCCAGUGCCCAUCAGUGCCACAUAUCAGUGCCUACCAGUGCACACCAAUGCCACAUAUCAGUGCCCAUCUGAGCUGCCUUUCAGUGUCACCCAUCAGUGCCAGUCAGUGCCACCUAUCAAUGCCAAUCAGUGCCACCUAUCAGUGCUGCCAAUCAGUGCCACCUAUCAGUGCCAGUCAGUGCUGCCUAACAGUGCCAGUCAUCAGUGCCACCUAUCAGUGCCAGUCAGUGCCGUCUAUUAGUGCCAGUCAGUGCCGCCUAUCAGUGCCGCCUAUCAGUGCCAUGUAUCAGUGCUGCCUUUCAGUGCCCAUCAGUGAUACCUGUCAAUGCCCAUUAGUGCCACCUACCAGUGCAUCCUCAUCAGUG